GACACACCACCGCCAAAGCACCGCCACCGCUCUCCCCACCCACGGCCACCCCAACAACGCACUUCCCCAAGACCACCACAGCCACCAGCCAAAACUGAAAGCCACAGCCGGAAACUCGCUGCCAUCGGAAAGCGAGGAAGGGGAAGCCGCCGCGCCACAUAAAGCCGGCCACCCGGCACCACACCAAGCACAGCGACCACCCGCAACACCACCAAGCCUGCCCGGGCUCCUGCACAGCGACACCCACCCAACCACCAUGACAGCGCCCGCAACCCCGCAGCCCCGCCUGACGCACGGCGCCACGCCGCUCCUGCUCCUCCUGACGGCUCUCGCCACCGCCCUCGCCUGCCACCACCUGCGGCCCGGCGACGACACCUUCCCCUGGGACGGCCUCCGGCUCCUCCAGGCCAUGGCUCCCAGCCCGACACAGCCCUGCCAGCAACACCAGGCGCCCUUCCGCUUCCCCGACACCCUCCUCCACACCAGCCACCCACAGCAAGCCGCCGCCACCGCCCUCCGCAUCCUACAGCACCUCUUCCACACCCUCAGCAACGACAGCGCCCCACAACACUGGGACACCGGCGCGCGCCACCACCUCCUCAACCACCUACAGCACUACAUCCAACGCCUGGAGCAAUGCCCGACAGCCAGCGCCACGCUCUUCAAAAGGCAGCGACUCAGCAUCGACAGGUACUUCACGCACAUCCAGGACUUCCUCCACACCCACAACCACAGCGCCUGCGCCUGGGACCACGUCCGCCUCGAAGCUCGCGCCUGCUUCCAACGCCUCCACAACCUCACCCGCACCAUGCGCCGUUAGCCCAAGC